AUGAAAGGACUGGUCGUGAUUGCGUUUGCAUUGCUGUUUACUAUCGUGACAGUAUCAUCGACCGAACAGAACUCAGAGUGUGUCGUUUCUAUCACGACAGCGAGUGGCACUAAGGCACGUCCAGGACCCUACUGUUCCUGGGACCUCAUUUUCGAGGACAAUUUCAAUUUGCUCGACUUUGAAACCUGGGAACACGAAAACACGCUUGCCGGUGGAGGAAACUGGGAAUUUCAAUGGCACCAAAACAAUCGAUCUAACUCCUACUGUGAAAAUGGCAUCUUUUACAUCCGUCCGACGCUUCUGGCAGAUGAAACCGGAGAGGCUUUCCUGACCAGCGGUACGCUAAGCAUUCACGGUGGAGAGCCGGCCGAUCAGUGCACGAAUCCUUCGUCCUGGGGCUGUGAGAGAACCGGCUCUCCGACGAACCUGAUUAAUCCUAUCAAAAGCGCUCGUGUGCGUACCGUGGACUCGUUUAAUUUUAAGUACGGCACGAUGGAGGUCCGCGCACGUAUACCCACGGGAGACUGGUUGUGGCCGGCAGUUUGGCUGUUGCCCAAGCGACAGGUCUACGGAAAAUGGCCCGCCUCGGGAGAGAUCGAUCUUUUGGAGUCCCGUGGCAAUCUGGACUAUCGUGGUGCAAACGGUGUGCACAUUGGUGUCGAACAAGUCGGAUCGACGCUUCACUUUGGACCGAGCCCUACACUCAACGGCUGGGACACGACGGUUGCGUACAAAAACACUGCUCCCGGACAGGGCUGGAAUACUGGCUUCCACAACUAUCAGCUCCAGUGGACGCCCGAAUAUCUGCGGUUCUCCGUCGACAACCAGCUGAUUACACAGAUCGAUGCUGGCACGGGCUUUUGGAAUCGCGGCAAUUUCGGGAACAUUGCACCAGGCACUGAAAAUCCUUGGAUCCACGGCACACGCAUGGCUCCGUUCGAUGAGGAAUUCUACAUCAUUCUCAACCUGGCCGUCGGUGGAACGAACGGAUACUUCCCGGAUGUGCCGCCGGCAACGAACGCCAACCGUGGAAAGCCGUGGGCAAACACUUCUCCGUCAGCAGCACGAGACUUUUGGAAUGGACGCAACUCCUGGCUACCGACUUGGCGUAUGACCGAAAACCGUGGCAAAGAAUCCUCGCUGCAGAUCGAUUACGUACGCGUGUGGGCACUCUAGUUGCUUAUUCCGAGACUUGUCCAUAAGAGUGAAU